UGUGGUGGAAGCAUUGCAAGAGUUUUGGCAGAUGAAGCUGGCGAGGGGGGCCGACUUAAAGAACGGAGCCUUGGUGAUAUACGAAUCUAUGCCAUCAACAAAUCCACCUUAUGUAUGCUACGUCACAUUACCGGGAGGCAGUUGCUUUGGCAGCUUUCAGAAUUGCCCAACAAAAGCCGAAGCGAGGCGGAGUGCUGCAAAGAUAGCUCUAAUGAAUUCAGUCUUUAAUGAACACCCUUCUCGAAGGAUAUCAGACGAUUUCAUCGAGAAAGCUGUUGAAGAAGCCAAAUCGUCUUUCAAGCUCCCUACGAACCCAGAUGACACGGAUCGAUCUCAUAGCGGAAUCGACGCCUUCAGGUUCAUGUUGGAAUCGAACAAAGGCCGCACCAUGCUGGAGUUCCAAGAGCUCAUGACAGUCUUUCAGCUCCUGCACUGGAAUGGCAGUCUAAAAGCUAUGCGAGAACGCCAGUGUUCGCGCCAAGAAGUAGUGGCUCAUUAUUCUCAUCGCGCUUUAGAUGAUGACAUGAGGUCUCAAAUGGCCCUCGACUGGAUCGCUAGGGAGCAGGAAUCUCCCGGGGUCAUCUCCAGAGAACUGGCCAGUGCAGAAAGAGAAUUAGAGGCUGCUCGAUUGGCUGGUCGAGAAUUAAGGUUUCCCAAAGAGAAGAGAGACAUUCUAAUGCUUGCUUGCAGUCAGGUGAACACUGUCAAUGGACUCAGCUAAGUGGAUUAGGCACAAAACAGAAUAUUUAUAAAUAUUAUAUAUAUUAUAUAAAUAUAUUAUAUAUAAUUAGGAUAAAAAUAAGAAGAAAUUUCUUUAGUCCCAGUCGUGAUACACAGCCUGUAUAUAUAAAAGACUUCUGAAUUUUUUUUUUUUUUUUUUUUUUUUUUUGUUUUUUUGUUUUCUUCCGCGUAUCUUCAUGUCCCGGACGUGGUUAUACAGGCCAACCCAACCAUGACAUUUUGUGAUAAGUGCCUUGCAGUUCAGAUUGCCCGAUUUCCAACUAAAUGCAGCUAGUUAUAACUACCGGUCUUUGUUUUCUGCCACUGUGAUUAAAAAAAAUUAAAAAAUAAGCAACUUUAUAUCUUAUUUCAGUGUCAAAGGUGUUCUCGACAUAUGUAGCAAAGUAAUAUUUCAGGCAAGGGGCUUUUCAGCUUUUUUUUUAGCUAAGAUCCAUCUGUAACGAACAUAAUUCACCCACAAGUAUCUUGAACUUCUGCCUCCGCUUCAACAGAAUUAAGCACGCCCCUAAAAAUCAAAUUUUAUCCAAAAAGCUUAUUUCAAGUGCUGCUUUUUCCUCAACUUCCUUGUGAUAUCAGCAUCUGAUGUAAAUAAAAUAACAUUUGCUUUUAUUAUGCAUUUUGAUUUUAUAGUCUGUCACGUUUCAUACCUUGUUAUUAUUAUUAUUAUUAUUACUUCAAGAAUGUCCAUUAUUUUUUGAGAAUGAAACCAGGCCUGGAUGUUUCGUCGGACAAUCGGAUGCAUUUUUGGGUGCACUGAUAAACUGAACCAAUUGGCCGAAAAAUGUUCUACCCUGUAGUGAUACAGAACUUUUGAUAUACAGGGUUUUUCAACGCGCAAGAUUUGAUUUCUUCCGAAUUAUUGACCAGUGCUGAAUUAAUUAUUUAAUUCGGUGGUCUUUUGUGAGAUUAGAAAAAUAUUAUUUAAGCUUAUGUUUAAUAUAAUUUAUUUCGCUUUAUUCGCGGAAUGUUUGCUUUUUUACAAAUCUUCAUAUACUACAGCUUUCAACAUGAGUAAAGAUUAGAAAGUGCUAAGAAUUCUGAAUCUGAGUUCAGUGCCGUCUUAAAGGCUAGUACUAUUUGUUUUAAUUUUUAAUCGCAUACAAAAGAAUUUUUACCACUUUCUAAUUUUUAUGUUGUUUUAUGAGAUUAAACGGCCGACCCUUAAGCAUCAUUAGAACAUUCAUGUUUUAAUCCAACAACUGUUGUUCGUUUAAUUAUUUCAUUGUUAUGUAUCUAUUUUAUUUUCCCCUUACUUCUCUUAUCUUUAUGCUAUUAAUUUCACAACUUGUUAAACUGUUUGUUCAAAAUUAAGAUAUUAAAACUAAAAACUGUUCACAUGAUGCCUAUAUUUUGUUAUCUUUUCUGCAAAAUAAUAGCCCAGUUUUUUUUUUUCGUUGCUUUCAUUUAUUCAAGAAUUAUUUUUCUUAUGUCUACAUGUGUUAUCUACGCAUUACUGUGAUUUCUUUUCCAUUCUUAUGUUUUAAAUGUGUAGUGUGUAGUACAGAUUUCACCCAAUGAGAUUCAUAUACAGUACAAAAUUCGAAAUCCGGACUUUCAGUAUCUGGAAUAGUUUAGUAUCCCAAUCUCCUGACCAUCACCUAAAAAAUAAGUAAAUAAGAAAACUCUCUACGCUUAUAAAAUCGAGAAAUGGAGAACGUAAUGCUCAGCAAAGAGAAGCAAGUUGGAUCUUUCUUCCGACUGAGACUCCUGCGUCUAACUUCCAAAACGCUGCUAGCUAGGGAGGGAAUCGCACAGAACAAUCCACUGAUUGGCGUUGUGUUGUCUUUGGGCCGGAUUACUGUUUCGAAGCUUCAGUGGUUGUGGGGAGGAGGGGCAGGGCCUUCGCAUGCAUUUAGUAUUUGCCUUUCCGUGCAAUUUUAAAUUCCUAAUCGUAAAUAUGGGUCCUAAAUCCUGCAGACAGAUACCUUCCUAAGCUCUAAAAAUUUUGCCAUGCCUAGUUUUUGCUGCUCGGUGCUCAUCUAAAUUUAAAAAAAAAAUUGCCUCCCCCCCCCAGUGCAGACGCACUGGCUCUGGUUUUGUUGGGGGUUAGCAUUCUUCUGUCUCGCAUAAACAAUAAGCGAAGCAACUAUGUUGACACGUCUGCGUGUCAUUUUAUUAGAUUCCAGAAGUGAAGACCAUUUUAAAUCCGGAAUUUUCCAUAUCCGGAACCGCCGAAGUCCCGACAGUUCCUGAUCUCGGACAUUGUACUGAAGCCAUUAUUGUUGGUAUGUCAUUUGCAAUACAGAAAUAGUAUUAUAGCUAAGCAAUUCAUUUUUAAGUAAGUUUAUGAAUAGAAACCAGUGUUUGCUAUGUUGUUUAAGUUCUUUUAUUAGUGAUAUGUAAAAUUAUGUUUUUCAAAAGUUUUCAAAUUUUUGUGAAAAAUAAUUAGUAUUUUUAACGAAGGAAGUUAUUUAUUUCAAAUUUUUAUAGCGACUUUUUUGUUUUUCAUUCGGGUGAAUUUGUGCAAAAUUCUGCAUAUUUAAAAUAAUGUGUCAUUGUAAAAACAAUUUUACAAUGUUGUGAUCUUUAAUCAGUUUUUAAACAAUGCGGAAAACUGAAAGAGGGGAUACGAAGCGAGGAUGCUGUCUACUUUUUAAUUACGUACUGCGCAUAUAUCAAACAUGGACCUUAUAAGAAAUAGACUAACCCAAACGGGUUUUCCCUUUCGUCUGAGGCGUUGCCGGCUGUCACCUUGAUCACAUCCGGAGGAGUAGGGACGACUUGCAGAAAUUUAACAAGCUUGGUUAACAAGCAAUGUUGCUUAUUAUUUUAUAAUAAAUUGUCAAGAAAAAGCUGGUUGUAGCGCCUCAUUUCACAAAUUAAAAUUUCUCCAUAUUUUAAUUUUUGAAACUGAGAUUUAUUUUUAAGUGUUUAAGAUAUUUAUGAAGCGUAAUUAGCGUUACAAAGAAUUAUAUAGACUAUUGCAUGCUUUCAGGGCUGGAUUUUUUUUUAGCUUUUCCUAUGCUGUAAGGAAAUUUGUAACUAAU